UCAACAUGAGCAAAAAUCCAAAAUCUUCCACAACAAAACAACAUCAUCAUCAACAAAAUUCUCAGAUAAAAACCUAAGACAACUGAAGAUGGUCGGAAUUGGGGUUCCAAUUUGCGUGGAAUGUGGGACGAGGAGCAACCCUUGCCGGUGCAAGGUGGUGGGGCCGACACUUGGGUUCGUGGCGUUUGCGGCGGCGGCGGUGGUUGAGUGGCCGGUGGGGGCUCUUGUCUAUUGCUUCCGCCAUGCAAAGGGUCGUAAAAUUAUGGGUCAUCCCGCUUCCGUCAUAUACCCUUCAGUCACCAAUGCCAUCCCCAUCUAAUCAACUAUGUAUUAUUAUAAAUACAUAUAAUCUUUGUUGUAUGAUUUUCCGU